AUGGAAAAUAUUUUAAUACUUUUGGGCUGCUCCUCCUUAGAAAAUCAAGAAGAAAAUAUUAUUGAUGAAGAUGUAAAAAUGAAACGAGAAAUAAAAAAUGCCAGGCAAUUGGCAAUGUUCUCAAUUUGUUGUUGUUGUUGUUCUAUUGUAUUAGCUCUAGUUACUUUGCCUGCACUUCUUUCAUCAGUUAGAACGUUGCAUUCUGAUAUCCAAAUUGAAUCAGAUUUUUGUAGAAUACAUUUAAGAAAUUUUUGGACAGAAAUGGAAAAUGAGGAAAAUAAUGAAGAAAUUCAAAUUCGGCAAAAAAGAGUAAAUAAUCUUGUAUUUAUUUUUAAAAUAAUUUUAAAGGCUUGGCUUUUUGGCCGUUGGGUGCCGGAUAUUUCUGUUGUACAUGCAGCAAAAACUUUUACAGGUUCUGAACAAAAAAGUUCCUCAUCUGCUUCUUAUGGUGGAUACGGAGCAUCUUCACCUAUUUCACAGCCAGAUGAAAUUAAUGACAAAAAACAAUCUCCAGAAUUUGAUUCUUCUGCCUCAGCUUAUGGUGGAGCUGAAACAUUGGUGUUAGGUUCAGAUCCCUCUCCACCUUCAAUUAAACCUCAAUCUUCUCCUAUAAUGAGGCAUGAGGCAACAAUAGAAAUAUGUUGUUGUUGUCAAGGUGCACCAGGCGAACAGGGGGAUGCUGGAGAAGAUGGUGAAAAUGGACAAGAUGGGGCUCCAGGUGCUACUGGAGAAGCAGGAAGAGAUGGAACUAUUCUGUCCUCUGAUGGUGCACUUAAAGAACCAUGUAUUAUUUGCCCUGUAGGACCUGGAGGACCAAUGGGACUGCAAGGACCUAGGGGACCUCCUGGACCUAGAGGAGCGAAUGGGAACAGUGGAAUUGACGGAAAACGUGGAGAACCAGGAAUGGAAGGAUCACCUGGGCCUGUCGGAAAUAUUGGUGCUGUAGGACCACAAGGUCCUUCAGGCAUUCCGGGUCGUCAAUUCCACGCCGAUGGACCUCGAGGCCCGCCAGGAAAAACUGGGCCCAAGGGACCAAAAGGUAUUACUGGAUGCCAAGGUCCGCCAGGAAAUACUGUGCAAGGACCGAAAGGUCCACCUGGCGAUCCAGGUCGACCUGGAAAGGAUGGCCGAAAGGGAAUACAAGGCCCUAAUGGUGCGAUUGGCGAUAAAGGUAUUUCUGGAGACUGCACUCAUUGUCCUAUGCCGAGAACACCGCCUGGUUAUUGA